CAAAGAUGGCGGCGGCGGUGGCGGAGCAGAGCCCGGCGGACGGGACGGCUACGUCCCCCUCGCCGUCGCCGCCCGACGGGGCCGAAGGGCCGGGGAAAAAGGACGAGGCGGCGGCGGCGGGAGGGAGGGCAGGCCCCAGCAGCCGCGCCGGGUUCCGGGUGACGGCGGUGCGGCGCGAUCCGGCGGUGCGGCUGCAGCACAGCGUGAGCGGCUCGGAGCCGCUCGCCUGGUCGGAGGACCACCGCGUGUCGGUCAGCACCGCCCGCAGCGUGGCCGUCCUCGAGCAGCUGAGCGACAUCCGCGGCGGCAGCGAUCUCGUCAUCCAUCGCACGGCCGUGCCGGCCCCCAACGCCGCCUGUCAUCUCAAGGUUGGCUCCAAAAAGGAAGUGGCUGAAUGCAAACACAAGUUUGCAAAUUCCGACGAUCCAGUCGUGAUCCAGGCGUUCACCUUGGACAGAGUCUUCAAUCCCGAAGGGAAGUCACUGUCCUCCAUGCGAGGCUUCAGAUACUGCAGUUGGUCUCCGCUGGGCUGCGACGCCAACGGCCGGUGUCUCUUAGCCGCGCUGACCAUGGACAACAGGCUGACCAUCCACGCUAACCUGAACAGACUUCAGUGGGUGCAGUUAGUUGACUUGACUGAACUCUAUGGGGAAUGCCUGUAUGAAAACAGCUACAGACUUUGUAAGACAGAGCCCUUCCGAGAAGACUUAGGGGACUUUGCUGAAUUCCAGAGAAGACACAGCAUGCAGACCCCGGUCCGCAUGGAAUGGUCCGGCAUUUGCACCAUCCAACAGGUGAAGAACAACAACGAAUGCCGGGAUGUGAGCAGCGUCCUUUUGGCUGUGAUCUUUGAAAACGGGAACAUUGCCGUGUGGCAAUGCCAACUUCCGUUUGUCGGCAAAGAAUCCAUCUCGUCCUGUAACACCAUCGAGUCGGGCAUCUCUUCCCCCAGCGUCUUGGCCUGGUGGGAAUAUGAGCAUAGCAACAGGAAGAUGAGCGGACUGAUUGUGGGCAGUGCUUUCGGGCCAGUUAAGAUCCUCCCGGUCAACCUGAAAGCGGUCAAGGGUUACUUCACCUUGAGGCAGCCGGUGGUUUUGUGGCAGGAAGUGGAUCACUUGCCCGUGCAGAACAUCAAGAGCAUCCCUCUCUAUCACCCCUAUCAGAAAUGUAGCUGCAGUUUGGUGGUAGCGGCGAGAGGCUGCUACCUCUUUUGGUGUCUCCUCUUGAUAUCCAAAGCAGGCUUGAACGUCCACAACUCCCACGUGACCGGGCUCCACUCUCUACCCAUCGUCUCCAUGACUGCCGAUAAGCAGAACGGCACUGUCUACACCUGCUCCGUAGAUGGGAAGGUCCGGCAGCUGAUUCCCAUCUUCACCAACCUGGCACUCAAGUUCGAGCACCAGCUGAUCCAGUUGUCGGACGUGCUGGGCUCCGUCCGCAGCCACGGGAUUGCCGUCAGCCCCUGCGGCGCGUACCUGGCCGUCAUCACCACCAAGGGCAUGGUCAAGGGUCUCCACCCCAUCACCAAAGCCUACCAGGUUCAGUUUGUCACCCUGAAAACCUGUGAGGAAGCCGCUGCCCAGCUGCUGGAAUCAUCCACCCAGAGCCUUUACCGGCAGGUGGACCUCACCGACCUGGUGCGCUGGAAGAUCUUGAGGGAGAAGCAGAUCCCGCGCUUUCUGCAGGAAGCCCUGGAUCAGAAGAUCGAACGUUUGGGCUCCACCUACUUGUGGCGUUUUAAGCUCUUCCUCCUGCGGAUUUUGCACCAGUCGCUGCAAGCCUCUCCUUCGGAGGCCUUGUGGAGGCCCACACACGAGGACACCAAGGCCUUAAUCGUAGACUUCUCCGAGACAGGCGGCGGCGAGGAACAGCCUUUAGAACAGGGCGGGCAGGAUCCGAGGGAGGCCCCCAAAGAGAAGGGCUCUCAGCCAGCCCCCUCGACUGGUGGGGGCCAGGAGCAGCAGACGAAAGAGAAGAUGCUGGCCAUCCAGGAUCAGAUCGAAGCGGUCGAAAUGCACCUGGUGCGAGAACACAUGAAGCGAGUCUUGGGCGAGGUCUACCUCCACACGUGGAUAACGGAGAAUACCAGCAUUCCCACUAGGGGCGUUUGCGAUUUCUUGACCUCCGAUAAAAGCUACGAGGACAGGACCGCACGGGUGCUGAUCGGGCAUAUUUUGAAGAAGAUGAACAAGCAGACUUUCCCCGAACGCUGCAGUUUGUGUAAAGAGAUCCUGCCCUUCACGGACUGCAAACAGGCCAUUUGCUCCAAUGGACACAUUUGGCUGAGGUGCUUUUUAACCUAUCAGGCCUGCCAGAGUUUAGUCUACAGGAGAUGCUUGCUCCGGGACAGCAUCGCUCGCCAUUCCACUUCAGAAGAUCCUGAGUGGAUCAAGAGGUUGCUGCAGGGGCCUUGCACUUUCUGCGACUCGCCCGUUUUCUAGAGAACAACUCAAGACAGUGAGCUUGAAGCAGUAGUCUUUAGGGGCAAAGCACCCCCCCCCCCAGCGUUGGAUCUGCACGAGGGCUCGUUCCGACCUGUAGAUUUGAACCGGAGAAGCUCAGCCCCUUUCCGGGAAAUGAAAAGGUCUUUUCUGAAAUCCCACCGCCGCUGUUUUUGAAAGGCUUCUGAACUCUCUUCAGGUUCAAGGUUGCUGGCAUUCGGUGGGUUUUGACCACUAAGUUCUGGGAUGGAGGACCGUCUUGUUCCACAAAGAGAUGCUAAGCUGGUGGUCCAACUGAGUAGGUACUUUGUGAUGGCCUGAGUGCAACACGGACUUUGUAACUUCCCUUCAUUAACACCUAACAAACAGUGGCACUUGCUGAACUGGAGACAGUUAAAUUAUUACAAAUAACGAACAGGUUUUUGAACUGUUUCGGAGGGGGGGAACCUUGCAUGCCUGUGGUCAUUGAAGAAAGAUUAACAGCCCUGUGCGAAGCCUCCUUUGAAAAACUUCCAGGCAGCUAAAGACCCACUGAACCAACUGCAAGGAGCUUAUUUUAAAUGAGCCAAUUUUGGUUGUGAUUGUUAAUAUUUUAAGCAUGCGUGUUUUUAACUUUGACUUCCCCGGCUGCAGUCAAUAAUUCUUGCACUGUCCCCUCUCCUCCUCGUAGGUUUUCCAAAUUUUUCACUUAGCGACAGUAAAAAGGAUCUUAUCCUCCAGUUCCAACUGGCAAAAUUCUUCUCUCUCUCCAGGAUAUUCAUGGGGUGACUUAUCUUGGCAAAGCAAUGCUUUGGAUGCAAUGAUGAUGAUGACAAAUGUCCUUUGUUAAUCCUGGGUUAUCAUGCUGUGCGUUGUCGGAAUACACAGCCCACACCUUGUGUAAAAAAUUUUCAGGAGCUCAGACCUGUGGCAAGCUUUUGAUCUGAGCAAUCCGGGGUUCUUUUAAAAAAAUAGUUGUAAAAAAAGCCCUUCCAUAUAGCUCCUGACUCUAGUUAAGCUUUUUGUCUGUUGCUUGAAAAGCAAAAGCAGCGAAUUAAACUGUGUUGUGGAGAACAGGUUGUGUUCCUACCCCCCCCCCCAAAUCAAAGCAGUGUUAACGGGAAAAAAUCUAGGCGUUCCUCUUUUUCCCUCCGAGAUGAUACUUGACUAUAAAUGUUGGGUGUGAAAUAAUAGUUGGAAAAAUGUGUUUUUGUCUACUGCCGCAGCCACUGUUGUGACAUAAAGCUGUUUGUAAAUAAAGCAACACACAACUUUACUGGUGUGUGUGUGUUAACGAAA